AUGAUGAGUACUAAAUACGAGCUCGUGUUCAUCCCAUCGCCAGACCUUGGCCACCUGCUCUUGGCUGUGGAGAUGGCCAAGCUCCUCGUCGACCGCGACGAGCGGCUCUUAAUCACCGUCCUCAUCAUGAAGUUGCCCUUUGACUCUGAGAUUGACUUCCAUGUGGAGUCGCUCACCACUUCCAUCACCACCGGCAUCCACUUCAUCCUCUUAAAUGUUUUGCAUAGACACAAUGCACAACAGGACAACAGGAGAAACUUCCAUGCCGUUCUAAACGAAAGGUCAUCGAUCCCCUCGAGCCAAAACUCUUCAUCCAUCUCGAAGGAUUCGUGCCCGACAUUUAUCACGAUAUCGAAGAAGAAAAAGGCAGCAGGAUUCAAGCCGGAUCCAUAUGUCGCGACAGUACUCAACUGCGCAAUGUGGGUGUUCUAUGGUUUGUGCCCUAAAGGAAGCCUGCUUGUCCUCAUAAUCAAUGCUUUUGGUCUUGGUAUCGAGCUCAUCUAUGUUGGGAUAUUCUUCUUGUAUACUCCAUGGAACAGACGUCGGAAUAUCUUGCUUGCACUCCUCAUUGAACUGAUCUUUAUGGCUGCAUUAGUUGCCUUAUGUAGGAGUUUUGCACUCGUUGAAACGUUGUGUAUCAUCUUCAACAUAGUGAUGUAUACUUCGCCAUUGACAAUUAUGAGCCGAGUCAUCCAGACAAAGAGCGUCAAGUACAUGCCUUUAUAUCUAUCGCUCGCCAUGUUCUUAAAUGGCAUCACUUGGGCUGUCUAUGCGCUCCUCAAAUUCAAACCCUUUGUCCUGGUGCCGAAUGGUUUGGGAGCCUUGUUGGGUCUGGUGCAGCUGAUUCUCUAUGCAACAUACUACAAAACCACCAAGUUGGACGAGCCGGAGAAUCCGAUGUUGAACUCUCCAAAGCUUAAGGCCGAGACACUUAAUUGA